AUGCUGAGAAUAUUGAUAUGUAUAUGUUUAUGCAAUAGCACAACAGCUUGUUUGUACUGGAAGCAUGUGAAAGACAAAGUCAUGAGGAGUCUUAAAUUGACUCUAAUUGAUUUUGCGAAAUGUGUAGCAAACAGCUUAAAGAAAUCAAAGCAGAUUUUAAGCGGAAGACUAUUAUGUGCACCUGGUGUGUCUCUAUAG